UGAUUGCUCGGCUCUUACGCUCUUUGUAUAGCGCAAGCGAGCAGCACAGCGGCGCGAAUACGAACCGUCGCGUCUAUAUUGACCCCGCAGCCCAGCCUGUGCCACUCGCUUGACCCGCGCUUGCCUCGGCGCGGUUUGCAGCAAGUGCUCUGGGAGAGUGCUCUGCGGUGAAGCUGUCGCAGCCCCGUGUCUCCAGACACGUGCACUGCACGAAGAUUAACAUAUAACCGCUGCCAGACGCCAUCGACGCGUGUUUUGGAACGCACGGUAUCUGCACGCGAUAAUGGCGACCUUCGACGGCCUCUUCGAUCCCGCAAAAGUAGCGGAGAAGCGCCGCCAGGACGCCGAGAAGCGCGAGGCGUUAGCCAGGAUCAAGGCCUGGGCCGAGGAGCUGCUGCCGGAGCCCGCUCGGGGCCGCCUGAAGGUGACGGUGAACGAAGUUGUCUGUGGCGACCCGGCCUGCGCGCCGAUCGACACGGUCGUGGAGUUCUGGGGCGAGCUGCGGACGGGGUUCGGCAUGCCCUCGCGCGCGGCGGAGGUGACGCACGCGGACCUCGUCUCGUUUCUGCCGGACGAGGACGUGCUGGUCGCCUGGGCUAGAGGUUUUGACGCCGAGUGGCCCAAACCGGCGCCGCCGCCCGCGCUGAAGCCCGAGUUCUCCCCCGGAGACGACGUCGAGGCGUGGCUCGGUGGGCAAUGGCAGCCGGCCAUCGUCACCAGCGUAUGGCACCGCGAGAAGGGCUGGCCGCUCGAUGCGUACGUCCCUUAUCGCGUCGACGUCGUGGACACGAUGCGGACCUGCUACGCACCCACUGUGUCUCAUGUCCGGGCGCGCCGCCGAUCGCGGUUGCGCUCUCGGUCGCGCUCUCGCUCUAGAUCGCGCUCGCGGUCCCGGGACCGCGGCGACCCGCCGGGCGCCGCGGCGAACGGCAUAUUCCCGACGCCGCACGAGCCCUCGUGGCGCUUCGACGUCGGCGAGCGGGUGGCCUGCAAGAUGGGCGAAGACACGUGGCUGCCGGGCACCGUCGAGCUCCGCGACGAGCCGGACCCCGCUGCCUACCCGGGCUUCGCGCUGCUGCCCUACGUGGUCCGCAUCGACGACGGCUUCCGCAUGGUGUCGGCGGCGCGGGACAACGACGCGUUCAUCGUCGCUGAAAGGGACAUGCCUGUGUCUGCGGAGGGCGAAUAAACUUAAUAGUGUG